CUAUAAUAUAAAUCUCAUGCAGGUUUUGGCCAAAUAACAACAGUCGGAUGUAUGUGCUUGAAAACACUGGAGAAUUUGUUAGCACACAUGGAUUACGUCUUGGAGAUUCCAUGGUGGUUUAUCAAGAUAAUCAAACCCUUAAAUAUGUGAUUCAAGCUAAAAAGGCUUCUGAGCAAGACGAUUUUAUGGCUAUAUCUAGUGAUAACAUUAACGAUCUCUUUCUACAGGACUAUGAGGUUAACAAGUCAAAUAGUUUGAGUGUGAUGACCCAUCCCACAAUGAAUGACACUGACAUGUCAUUCAUCUAUGAAACUACAUUUUCAAAUGAUUCUCCACUUGACUUUUUGGGUGGAUCAAUGACCACUUUCUCAAGGAUUGGAUCAGUUGAGACCUUUGGUUCAGUUGAGAAUUUGUCACUCGAUGACUUCUAUUAAGUUCGGAUCAAUGGCUGUAUUUUGAUUAUAUAUACUAUCAAGAUUAACAUAUGGUACCAAGAUGAAGACAAAAAUAUUACUCUA